AUGGCAUCCUACUUUUUGCCGUCCUUUCUGACCGGCUGGAACCUCGCGUCCGUCUCGCCGUUCUCUCUCUCGGCCAACCUCCAGAAGCGCAUCCUUUCCUACCUCUUGAAAAGGACCCUCGGACAUCUCGUCGACGGCGGCCAGCUCGACCUCGCUCAAAUAGACGCAGGCAUCGGCAGCGGUCGUAUUGAGAUUCACAAUGUUCGACUCGACGCUGAAGCUAUCAAUCGACGCCUUUCUUCCCUGCCAAUAGCGUUCGUCGAAGGCCAGAUCGGACGCAUCCUCAUUCAACUUCCCGUUCCCAACUUCUGGAGCGGCGAGCUCUCCAUCACCGUCUCUGAUGUGUCGGUGUCUGUCAAGCCCCGAUCUAGGAGUGCUGAGCAUAGCUCCAAUGCCAAUCAGGACCUAUCCGCAUCCUUUGCGAGCGCAGCAAGUCAGCUGUUCGUCGAGGAUGACGAGGCGCAAGAGAUCGAGCAGUCGAUUCACGAGUCUCUCGACCCGGAGGAGCUCAGACAGGACCAAAGGGAGUCGGCGGAGGACAAGGGCUCGCUCAUUGCCACCUACGUAGAAGCCCUUUUGACGCGAUUGAAAGUUGCCAUCGAACGAGUGCAAGUGCAUUUUUUGUCAGAUGCAGUCGACCUCUCUCUCAAGCUUCACAGUGCUACCGUCCAGAGCUCCAACCUUCGCACGGAGCAGGCGGGUCAAGACACCGAUGCCGACCGCUCCAAUGACGCUGCAUCAGCUACGAUAGAGUCUCCGCAGCGGUGUCGGUACAGCGAGACCAGAAGGACGCUCGAGCUCCAAGGUUUCCAGGUCUGGAUGCAAGACUAUCGAAAGCAAGCCACGUCCCGAGAUACGGACUCCUCCUCGUCUUCCGACGACUCUGCUGACGAGACGCUUUCAGCUUCCCGCUCGGAUCUCCAGGACAUGUCGCAAUCGAUCGCCUCUCUGCAAGAGUCAUCCGCAAGUCUGUACGAGAGCGCGAUAGGCGGAUCAGCCUUCCAGGAAGCGCCUGCAUCCGCUCAACGAAGUCCGUCACAUCGGUCUGCCAAGGCUGGCGCCUCUCAUCCUGUCACAAAUGCGCCGCACAUGCUCUUCAGUCUUGGGACAGAGCCCGUUGUCAUCACGUACAAGACCACCAAGGAGCGUCAUGAAGUAGGCUCGUCCGACGAGUCCUCGAGCCGCACGAUUCAGCGGCUCGUCCGCGUCAUGACCGACGUGGACGUGCAGGUCGGCAACGCCGGUGCCGUCGUCUUCAUCGAUCAUAUCAGCCUUCUCAUGGUGCUGCUUGGUAGUCUCGGACAUGCUCCACCGCAGAAAGACGCUUUGCCAGGCGAUCGACGAGCAGCAACACAGCCGAGAAGCCCUUCAUCUUCCUUCCGACUACAAAGAAGCCUCGUACUGAGCUGUCGCGUAAGCAGUCUCAAUCUCAUCAUCGGCUACGAUGACCCUGCAGUGCUUCAACGCAGCCAGCCUUCUCUCGAGACGUUCUGGGCUCGUCCUUCUCGCUCACACCCCGAUUUCGGCCAUAUUCGCUUGCGAUGUGACAAGCUCCUUGCUCAAUUCACCAACGUCACCACCGACGACAAGUCGAGACCAGACCAGCCGCAGGUCCAAAUUUCAGCCGACGACCUAGGUCUCUUCGAGCACCUCGCGCCGGACCUGUACCAGCAAUGUCCGCCCGGAGCAUCCCGGGUACUUCCUGUUCUGAUUCUGGAUUCAAACUUGGCUCAGUCUGUCGCGCCGAGCAGUGCAUCUGCAAAGCGACCUCAGCACGACUAUGCAAGCAGCACUGUCGACGUCUUUGAUUGGCGUUACAGUGGCUCGGCACCUCAUCGUCCUGAUGUAUCCGCAAGCGAUCCCCCAAACUCCGCCAAGGCUGCGCGGUUCAAGACAGCCGAGACGCGCUCAACCUAUUCGUCCUCUGCACAGAGCCCAUAUGUCCGCAAUGCGUAUGGAGACCGCGGCUGGAAGCUCAAAGCGAGAUCGCAGGCUCCAGGCAACACGGUCGAAGCUUCUUCGCCCAGUAUUGCCGUCUCUGCUCUGCUUCCGCACGCGGAUGGCGAACAAGGGCAUGUCAAUGCGACAGUAGCUCCAGUACACGUCUUUCUGGAUGUGUCACUUUUCACACGCCUCAUGCCAGCUCUACGCAGAUUUGCAACGGCACAGAUCGCCGCUCUCAAAGAGACGAUAGAGGCAGAGUACGACAUGUCAGGUUCCAUGGCUACCCUUGCAGCCAGUGUCGCCACGAUUCAGGCUUCGACCGAUAGCUUGCUGGACGAUCCAUCCACAAAAAGCUUCACAGGUAACAAGAGCCCGUACAAGCUCGACGUCAAGAUCAGCUUCGUUCGCAUCGAUGUUAGGACACCGCAAGUCUCGUAUGACGCUGCUGCGCUCGCCGGAAGACAACUUGGCGCCACCCGGAUGGGUGGGCUCGCCAGAAGGUCUGGGAUCUUGGUGUUGCAAAUGCAGCGUCUCGACGUGAGAUCAGGUCUCGCCGAGAAGCAAAAGAGGAGCAACGCGAUUCGAUUCGCACCACCGCUCGGUGAAGGCGGACGGAACGGAGAGCCGACCGUGACCAGUCAAUGCAGCGUGGAGUCGAUUUCUGCGUACCUGGCCUUGCCAUCGCAGUCCCGUGCGCUGGUCCUGGCCAUGAUCGAAGCCAUUCAGGACGACACAGAGGCGUCCGGACCGUCUGUCAGCCCUCGUACACGAUUGCUGCCUCGAGUUCAAAUUUCGCGCAUCGCAGAGACGUCUGCCGGUCCAAGCUUCGGAUCGUCCGAACAAGAAGCCGAAGACCGCUGUAGCGUCUCGAUACCAUCUGUCAAGCUCGAGUUGGGCAAAUCACAGCUGGAUUCUCUUCAAUAUAUGGCCGACGACUUGACGCAAUCGAUCCAUCUCUGGACAUCCGACAAACUGACCGAUUCCGACACGCUCGACGCGGAAGAUCUUAAGAUCCUUGGCAGUCGAUUCUUUGGCAGCCGUGCGGGUAUGUCCGUCAUGUCGUCCAGCACCGACUCAACCGAGACGGCUCGAGCCAGCACGAGGAACUCGUCCCUGCUUGUCAUCAUCAGCGAAGCUUCCAUCCGUUUGUGGCUCCCGCAUUUGGCGCCAGGCGCCCAUCUUCCAGGCCAAGAACCUGCGGAAUCGCCCAAGAGCCUUUUGCUCACAGCGUCGGACUUCAGGCUCUCCUUCGACAGCGACAAGGCCCGAAACAUCACUCGUAUCGAGAUGCGCGUCCCUCAGAUGCAACUCCGCGCGGAAUCUGGUAGCGCUGCGGAGGAGGUCUUAAGUUCUCGCCUUGCGUAUCGAACGAUGGAAGCAAGCCUGGACGACCGGAGGCACGACAACAUGUUGCUCCUCGUGCUUGAAGCAUACGCCGAACCCUGCACAAGCUAUCGCGAGCAAAACGUCGACCUGACGCUGUCGUCGGUGACGCUGUCGCCCAGCUUUGACCCAGAGCUUGUCCCCCGGAUCAAGCGGUUCUUGAAAGCACCGGCUGGUGUGUUUGAAAAUGUGGAACCGAACGAAGUGACUCGCAUCAGCUUCAAGGCAAGGGAUUGUUCCGUCUUGGUCGCACCUCCCACCACCACCUCCCGUGCAGCCGUGGCGAUCGGAGAGCUCUCUAUCAAGACCAAGCUGACAUCACACGCGCCAAAGACCUCCAUCAAGCUUGCGAUCGGCGAUCUCGACCUCUAUGCAGCCGAAGGGGAGCUCUCUGGAAGCGCAUCAAGUCGCGCAACCGCUGCCAAAUCGGCCGCUGAGCAUUGGACACGCCGCAAUUACGCACGCCUGCUGCACAUCCCUGAAAGCAAGGGCAGCGUCCAUCUCAACACGCUCACGCGCCCUGAAAUCGAUGUCAAGAUCACCAAGCUUCGAGCAAAGCUUCAAGCCACAGCUGAUACGUUGGACGUCGUGUCCGCUGUCGUUGGUGCCAUGACGGCAAGUCAAGGUCCCGCAUCGAAAGUCCCAGCCGCGCCACCCACCCGACAAGAUGGUAGCCUUGCGUCAUCGGCCGACACCGAGCUGAGCUCUCACGAUGCUGCCGGGGCUAGGCAGACCGCAGCAAAGCUGUCGUCAAUGGCGGCACAAGAUCCGGACAGGAUGGCUGACCUCCUGUCAGGCAUCGAAGAUGAUGCCUACCACCUCGCAGCACCUCUGGCCGUCGGCGCUGAUCUCGUCGACGAUGAUGUGCCCUCCGACGCUGCUUUCCUGGGAGCAAAGGGUGAGGGUCGAUACCACCCCGAGAUCGUCGAGACGACGCUCGACUCGGACGAGUUCUUUGGUGGCGAGUCGGUCGCUUCGCUAUCGCUCCUCUCUCCUCGCACCGACACCGUCCUCUUUGCCGAUGAAGACGUCACGAUACGUCUGCUCGAUCCCAAAGGCAUUUGCCCCGUGCAAGAAUACUUUACCGACCCAGAUCUGCGACCGCAAGUCGACUCUGCCUUGGGCACGACAGCAAGCUCGUUGCGGGUGCGGGUCAGCAACUUUGACCUGUCGGUGCGUCUUCACGCCGGAUAUGACUGGGCUUCGACUCGAAAAGCGGUCCAGCAGGAAGCCAAGCUAGUACGCAAGCGUCUGCAGAAGAUCAAGCAGUUGCUGGCAGAAGGCCAAGUGCCAGAUGACAGCGUGGAAGCGGCCACUAGUCAUCUUCUGGACUCGAUCCACAUGAGCUUGCCCACCAUCCCUGCAGAAAUGGACGCUGAUGCGAUGAUGCAAGCCGUCGAAGAUGAGCUAGGCGAUCCGUCGGACGCGGUAUCGACAGCCGACAGCGACGCCACUGCGUCGUGGCAGGCGCUCCCCAACGCGCGGCGCGGCCAGCAAACAGCCUCAAGAAGCAGCAAAGGCCCUCCUGCCACCAACGCUUCUCACAACAAGCUGCAGCGAUCGCAGCGCUCCAUGAUCGAUUUCAACUUCCGCGGGCUCGAUGUAGAAUACGACAAGGCGGAUCCUUCGCAAUCCGGCCACGUGGUCUCUCGUCUCGCUGUCAAUGCUCGAAGAGUCGAGAUCAUCGACAACAUCAAGACGUCGACCUGGCGCACCUUUCUCACCGAGAUGCAGGACCAGAACGCUGCUUUGCGCCACGACGCAGAAGGCAAGAUGGCCAAGGUCGAAAUUGUUCACGUCCGUCCACAGGGUGGGACGCUGGAUGGCGACCACGCGGCGGAAGCGCCAGAGGUGCGAAUGCGAGCCAAGAUCGCACCUCUUCGUCUUCACGUCGAUCAAGAUGCACUCGAUUUCCUGAAGAAGUACUUCAUGUUCAAGGUACCAGGUCAGAAAGAGCCGGCGCCGUCUGCGUCGUCCACUGGUCCACCGCUGCCAUUCGUCCAGUUCGCCGAGGUGCUUCCGAUCAAGAUCAAGCUCGACUACAAGCCCAAGCGGGUCGACUACAAUCUGCUGCGUCAGGGUAAGACCAUCGAGCUGAUGAACUUCUUCCACUUUGAAGGGUCCGAGAUGGUGCUGCGUCACAUCACGCUGCGUGGCAUCAACGGAUGGGCACGCCUGUUCGAUACACUCAACGACAUCUGGACGCCGGACGUCAAGGCGAACCAGCUGGCUGACUUCCUGUCGGGACUGGGACCGAUUCGCAGUCUCGUCAAUGUCGGUGCUGGACUGGCCGAUCUCGUGCUGCUGCCCAUCGAGCAGUAUCACAAGGACGGAAGAGUCCUGCGAGGUGUACAGAGAGGCGCGACGAGCUUUGCCAAGAGCACGGCGCUGGAAGCGGUCAAAUUGGGCGCAAGGCUGGCGACGGGGACACAGGUCAUCCUGGAGCAGGCGGAACACAUUCUGGGCGGCGAAAUGCCCACCGCGCUUACAGCGCGUGCUGUCGGACCGGACAGCUCUGGCGAGAGCUACGAGUCGUUGAGCGAGAGCAUCAUGGUCGAGUCGAUGACGUCUGAGGCCGGCGUGCAGGCAGACAAUCUCGUCAGCAGGUACGCCUCUCAGCCGGACAACAUGCGCGAUGCGCUUUCGCAGGCCUACUCUGGGCUGACCGAGGGGCUGACUUCUGCAGCUCAGACGAUUCUGGCCAUUCCGAUGGAGGUGUAUGAGCCUGAUCCCUCAGGAGCCGCUGGAGCGACAAGUGGCGGAACUUCGGGAGGUGGGAGCGGAAGACCUGUAGUCAAAGCGGUCCCCAUCGCGAUCCUGAAGGGCGCCAGAGGGGCGACGCAAGCCAUCGCGAAGACCAUGCAGGGCGUCCAGGUGACCUUGGGCGACAUGGAGAACGUCAAGGAGGGCAAGUACAAGCAGCCGUCGCGAGGCCGUUGA